AUGGAGAGAGAGAAACAUAUCCUCCUCUCAACUCGCAUUGCGGCGCUCGUUCAUGCCCACUUCGAUGCUUUACCUGCACGGUAUAAGCCACGGACUCGUGAUGAUGGAUCUAGAGAAUGGAUUCCAAUGAGUGGCUUUGUUGUUGUUCAAGGACAGAACACUCCAUCAGAAACGUUGACUUGUGUGGCAAUUGCAACUGGGGCAAGAUGUCUCUCCGCAUCUCAAAUUCCCCUAUGUCAUGGAAUGGUACUCCAUGAUUGUCAUGCUGAAGUUUUGGUUGUCCGGGCUUUGAACUACUGGCUCAUUAAUGAAUGUUCCGCUAUCAUCCAGCAGGAGCAGCAAGAUGCUGCCUCGGGGCGUGAUCAGAUCAAACCAAAGAUACCAUUCGUUCGAAGACGAGUGAACACAGCUUCCCAUGAUAUGGAUCCUCCAUUUGAGAUACACCCAGAUGUCAAAAUCUACAUGUAUUCAACAUGUGCUCCAUGUGGUGAUUGCAGCAUGGAACUUUGCAUGGCCGAGCAAGAGGACCCAACGCCCUGGGUUAUCUCACCAGCAACUUACGAAAAGGGUGAUCAGCCAAUUCUUCUAGACGGCAGGGCCCAUUUUUCGGUCCUCGGCGUCGUUCGCCGGAAACCGUGUCGAGCAGAUGCAGAACCCACUCUCAGCAAAUCAUGCUCGGAUAAAUUGGCUCUCCGACAAGUGACUUCACUCCUUUCGUAUCCUGCUAAUAUACAGAUUGCGCCCACAAGUAGCGCUUAUAUUGCUGCGUUGAUUCUCCCAGAAGAAGAGAUAUCUCAAGUGGGAUGCGAAAGAGCAUUUGGAGGCGGUCCGACAGGUCGAAUGAGAGCACUUGUCGGUCAGACUUUCCCAGCAACUGACGCGUCGAACUCAGACAUUGACUACCGCUUUCGACCUUUUGAGAUACUACCUGUACCCAUGGACAUAGUAGUGCCUAGGUGGCCGUUCGGAAAGUUCAGAUCGGAUCUAGCGAAUAAAGCAGGGAAGGCUAGUAAGCCCGGCAACAUCUCCGCUGUCUGGAUCGCAUCUCCCUCGUCACUCGAACCCUAUCAAGUCUGUCAUACGUCACAAACAGAAUACAAACCACGAAUCAGCCCCGAAUCAACAGCGGUUGUCGAAUGUAUCAUCGGCGGCGUAAAGCAAGGCAGUAAGCUAAAAUCAAUGUCUCUACGGGGGGCAUCUGUGCUUUCCAGAGUCAAAAUGUGGGACAUAGUGCAUGAAACCUGCACACGCAUCGGCGGUGAAGAUUCUCGGUGGCAAGAUAUUCUCGAAUCAAGGAGCUACAGCGACUUGAAGAGAAACCAUAGUAGAUUCCCUUGGCUAGUAGCCAGGUCGUUGGCCGCAAAGGAGGCUAAAAAUGUGCUCAAGCCGUGGAUUCCUAACAGUGGAGAUGGAGAUUGGUCACCUUUACCCACAAGGCGGCUUGUAGGAGUGUCGAGUCAUUAUUCGAACUUUUCAUCCAUCACUGAUAGCGACGGCUCUGUCGAUCGACCAGACGAUAAUAAUAAAACAUAUUCUUCUUCCAACUAUAAUGAUGAAGACCCUCAUACUGAGCGAUAUAGGCGGCACCAAGCGCGACAGCACAAGCUCGAUGUUGACGCCUUAGGGAAACCUGGACAGAUCCUUGUUCUUCCACUUAAGAAACGCAGACGCCCAAAGGUCAAGCGGCAAAAUGACCACAAAUCGGACGAUACAUCUACGAACGAUGCCUCACCUGUAUCGGCUGAUUUGUUUGGAACGCACAAGAUUGAAGUUGACAGUUCCAAUUAUGCAGCCUAUCUCGACGAACUCCACGCUCCGUACUCACCUGGCGACACUGUUUCGAGAGAAGAAUACCUAGAGCUUCAGGCCAAGAUCGAAAUUGGAUUUACGCUAGGACAGCUGUCAAAAUAUUAUUCUACAUUCCCACGACCAUCUGCACCAUUACGGCCAAAAGAGGACAUUGAAGCCACUCCGAAUGAUAGCGACAUGAUUAGUGACGGCGAACAGUGGCUGGCCAUUGAAAGCACCGACCCGAUAAUAGAUGAAAACGAUACAUCAUUGAAUGGGAAACCCUCGAAACCCCGUGAAAACAAUAAAGCGAAGCUUAGGAAGGAUAUACUUGCAGAGCGCAUCCUCCGAGAUUGUUGGCAGCUUGAAGUACAUGACGAGAUGGGAAGCUUAAACAUACAUCUCCCGUCACAGGUCAUAUCUGUGAUCCUUUCGUCGGAACAAUAUUCGUUGGAGGAAUUGGCGCAUUCCCAUGGAACAAAGAUUGAACCCUUCGGCUCGUUGAAUUUCAUACGUGUCUCUGGCAAUCGCAGUGCCUGUGAAUCUGUUCGGGAAAUUGUCAAGUCGUACGGCGCAGAAAUUCGCACGGAAUCAUUCGAGCAGCCCCUUCUCAAUGACAAGUCAUGGGUGGUCGACGGUAAACAGGCGAAGAAUAGGUUCCUGGAGUCAAUAGCCGAGACCUUUGGCGUGUUCAUAAAUGAUCCACGUCGGAGUUCGGUCACCUCUGCGGCAUAUACUGCGAAGGAAGAUGAUUUUGUCCGACUCAAGCGAGAUCUAGAAUUCGCAAACUCCACGCAAUCUGCAAACGAGCAAGUCCCAUUCUGUACCGACGUGCCGUCCAGCGCCGCUGGCUUCAUGAAACGAAUCUCAACGAAGCGUAGGCAAGUCAUGUCUCUAUUGGAAAGAGGAAAGCCGUGGUCGAGAUGGGCUAUACCGACGUCAAUUCAAGACUACAACGAAAAUCAACUGCCACCGUUAUUCAGCCAGCAUAGACCUACUUUCUCAUCUGAGAUUCUUCAGAUACUGAGAGAAAAACCUUCUAACCAAGGCGGACUCGAGGAGAAGUUGUCGGCAACAAUCGGUCAAUGCCUUUUCCGAACCCCCAACAGCCUGGACAGUCUGACGAAAAUUAACGCUACUCAACUGGGCGAACGUUCAUUUCCUCGAUAUUUCCACGGAUGGCUUCACCCGAAAGGCGAAUCUCUUGUGAAAACGCGUCGUAUAUUUCCAGGAGACAGGACGCAGAUUCGGCUACAUCGAUUUAGGAUGACUCCGUGCAAACCAAAUAACCACAAGUUACCUAUUCUUGAAGUCGAAAUUUCAGUUCCCUGGGUUAAUGCUCCGGAAGCCAAAUUCCCCUUCUCAGGACCAGAGCUCCUGAGCGUCAAGGCCAUUGUGGAAGAGUCUAGUAUAGAUUAUCUCCUCCCCGAGGUCAACUACGAUAUUCGUUUCACACGUACACUUACCCGCGAGAUAUUCAAUGUGACAGGAACUGAGCAGCCCGAAGCCUUGCGGGUCGCACUCCUAUCGUCUCUAAACGAGGUACUCAGCGAUCCAAGGAAGCCCUUUCCACCCAGCUGUCAUGUCCCAGUCCCGGGACUACCGACUCAGGCUCAAGAUUCUUCCAAUCGUGCCGAAGUAGGUACCGACACCAUAGAAGGAACCUAUUGGUUUCCUGGUGUGCAGCAGGCAAUAGGAACCAUGAUACGGACGUACGAAUAUUCCGGGGAGAGACUCUGCUACAGUCCCAACGUCAAAGGCUCUCUAGAUUCGAAGAGUGACCAUCUCAAUCUUGAGAUGUUUGUCAAUAGCAUGCCUUCGUAUUAUACACGACUGCAGCGUCGCAACAAUGUUGACGAAACUCUUGAUCCUGCAAGUGACACUCUGGAGCAGGAAUUCCGUGCGUUCUAUAUGACAGCUUCACAGUACCCGAAAAAAAACGGGCUGAUGAAGGACGACUCUAUUGGGCCUUUCUUUUUGACCUGA